CAAACCAGUAAAUGAAUAAUAAACCCGUGCAACGCAAGCAAAAGCUAUCACCUCCCCUCUCUCUCUCUAUACACACCCACCCGCACUAUUUUCGCCCUUUUAACCACAAAUCCGUAAAACUACCCCCCUAAUCGGGUUCUCGACAAGCCCUAACCCUAACCUAUCUCUCUCGCUCUAUCAAAUGAGGUGUCGCGAAGAAUUCCGAAAUCUCUCGAUUUUAGGGUUGUUGCAGUGAAGCUUCAAUCAAUCUCCUUUAAUGAUAAUCAUCACUGCACUCGAGAUUGUUUUCAAGUUCGUGAUUUUUUCUCGGUGAUUGAGGAUUUGGCGGCUGUUGUCUAAUCUGACCGGGCUAUGAAGAUUUGGAUCGGCUGAUUUAUCAGAUUCAAUCAUUUCCUAAUGAAGGUCGACGAUUAUGGGGUUUAUUUUGCUUUAGGUGCGAUCUUUCAAUUACCACUCACAAGUUCCGAAAUUGUUCGAUUGAGUUAAAUUGCGACCAGAGGUUUCUUGUUUCAAGGAUUUGAUUGGUCUGAUUGCACUCAAAGAGAGGAGCUUCUUGCUAUUGGCUAGGUUUCGAAGGGCUUUUUGGGAAAGAGGCACGCGAAGCGAACGGUUCUUCUUCCGUAGUUGGUUUGUUUGAUUGAUCUUUACUUGAGAAGGAUAGAGAAAGGAGAGAGAGAGUUCAAUUUUUUGUACUGUUAUCUUUUUUUAGUUGAAUAGCAGGCCUUGUUUUUUGAGAGGCACGGUUUUAUUGUGUGUGCUGUUGUUUUGAUAUCCGAUAAUAUUUUUUUUAUUGAAUUAGUGGAAAGAAAAAAAAAUGGCUGUGUAUUACAAAUUUAAGAGUGCUAGAGAUUAUGAUUCAAUCCCAAUGGACGGUCCAUUUAUAUCCGUUGGUACUUUGAAAGAAAAAAUAUUUGAAUCAAAGCAUUUGGGAAGGGGUACAGACUUCGACCUUGUUGUCACUAAUGCCCAAACCAAUGAAGAGUAUCUUGAUGAAGCAAUGUUAAUUCCCAAAAAUACCUCUGUAUUAAUACGCCGGGUUCCAGGGAGGCCUCGUCUGCCCAUUGUUACAGAGCAAGAGCCAAAGUUGGAAACUAAGGUGGAGGACACCCUUCCAGAGAAGGGUAGUUUUAUGGGUGCUGAUUCAUCUUCCAUGAGAUAUACUGAAGACAAUGAAUGGGAUGAAUUUGGAAACGAUUUGUAUUCCAUUCCUGAUGUACUGCCUGUUCAAUCUAGUAAUCCACCUCCUGAUGUGGCCCCUACAAACAAGGCUGAUGAGGACGACAGAAUUAAGGCAUUGAUUGAUACCCCAGCAUUGGACUGGCAGCGUCAGGGUGCUGAUGGCUUUGGUGCUGGUAGAGGUUUUGGUAGGGGUGUGGCUGGAAGAAUGGGUGGGCGUGGUUUUGGUCGAUUAGGCUUGGAGCGGAAAACACCUCCACAAGGCUAUGUAUGCCACAGAUGCAAGAUUCCUGGGCAUUUUAUUCAACACUGCCCUACAAAUGGUGACCCUAAUUAUGAUAUUAAAAGAGUAAAGCCACCUACUGGUAUUCCAAAGUCAAUGCUGAUGGCUACCCCAGAUGGCUCAUAUGCUUUACCUAGUGGUGCAGUUGCUGUUUUGAAGCCAAAUGAGGCUGCUUUUGAGAGAGAAAUUGAAGGCCUACCUUCCACACGGCCUGUUGGUGAUCUUCCACCUGAACUUCACUGCCCACUGUGCAAGGAAGUUAUGAAAGAUGCAGUCUUAACAAGCAAAUGUUGUUUCACGAGCUUCUGUGACAAGUGUAUAAGAGAUUACAUUAUCUCAAAGUCAAAGUGUGUAUGUGGGGUAUCAAAUGUCCUUGCAGAUGAUCUUCUUCCUAACAAGACUCUCAGGGAUACAAUCAAUCGUAUUUUGGAGUCUGGUAACAGUAGUGCUGAAAAUGUAGGAAGCGCCUUUCAAGUUCAAGAUAUGGAGUCUGCACGCUGUCCACCUCCAAAGAUUCCAUCACCCACACAGUCUGCUGCAUCUAAGGGAGAACAUAAGCCGUCUCCUGUUAAUGAAGAAUCUCCAAUUUUAAACAAGGCAAUAGCUGAGGAGGAGAAGCCUCUUAUUGCUUCUCAGCAAGUCCCUGAGAAAGUGAGGACUGCUAAAGCUGUGGAUGUAUCUGAGGCUACUCAUGAGUCAAUAAGUGUGAAGGAGCCAGCUUCGCAAGGAAGUGCUCCACUGGCUGAGGAAGAAGUUCAGCAGAAGCUGGCUCCUGGUGAGGCAGGGAAGAAAAAGAAAAAGAAGAAAGUUCGCAUGCCUCCGAAUGAUUUGUGGAAAGCUUCUCAGGAUCUUGCAGCUGAGAGCUUUAUGAUGCCAAUGGGUCCCUCUGCCUUUAAUCCAUAUUGGAGUGGCAUGCAGACUGGAAUGGAAGGAUACAUGGCUCCUUAUCCAGGUCCAAUGCCCUUUAUGGGUUAUGGAUUAAGCCCUUUGGAUAUGCCAUAUGGGGGAGUUAUGCCUCCAGAUCCUUUUGGUGCCCAGAGUUAUAUGAUGCCUGCUGUUCCACCUCAGAGGGAUCUUGCUGAAUUUGGAAUGAACAUGAAUCUCAGACCUCCUCUAAUGAGCAGGGAGGAAUUUGAGGCCCGCAAAGCUGAUGUCAGGAGGCGUCGUGAAAAUGAGAGGCGAGCUGAAAGGGAGUUUUCCAGAGAUUGGGAUCCGGGUAGGGAAGUGAGCGGCGGCGGCGAUGUUUCUUCAAUGAAAUCUAAGUCAAUACCACAAUCCAGUGCCAGCGGCGAUCCCCAUCAUAAUCGUCGAAGGUCUGAGAGAUUAUCACCGGAACGUUCAGCCCGUGAGAUUGACCCAUUACCACCACGCCCUUCUAAAAGAAAGUCUGACCGCCAUGAACACGGUGAUAGAGAUGCUGAUGAUUUUGAUUACCAUGAGCGUGACCGUAGUGACCGUGAUCACCGCCACCACCACCGCCACCGUUCAGAAUCCUCAUCCAAAGCUGUAUCUGAGACUACCACUAAACCCCCUUCUACAACAGUAACAGACCGAAAGCAAAAAGUUAGCGUGUUCUCUCGCAUUAGCUUUCCAGCAGAAGGAGAACCCACCAGUAAGAAGCGCAAGGUAUCAUCCUCUAGUGAAGCAGCACCAGCAGCUACUGGUGGCGGCGGCCCUUUAUCUUCUACACAUCACAAGUCAUCGUCACCAGUUAAUAAUGGCUAUUAUGAUGACUACAAGUCAUCUUCUGUGAAGACCAGAAAGAGCAGUAGCAGUGUUGCUGCCACGGCCGCCAUGGACUACGAGUCCAGUGAUGAUGACAGGCACUUCAAGAGGAAACCCUCUAGGUAUGAGCCAUCACCUCCUCCUCCAGCAGAGUGGGAGGAGGAUGUUAAGCAUUCAAGAAGAGAUAAGGACCGGAAGCAUAGAUAAGGGAAGAUUGUCCUUUUAGUUUCCAAGCGGUCCUUUAUUGAAGGAAAAUGAAAGCAGUGGGAGCUGCUGUCUUCCUGUUACUGGAGCAAGGUGGAGCUGUAUUAGCUGCUGGUGGUGGAACCUCUCUCGAAAAAGGUGGAAAUAUGUGGAAGUCUGCCCAGCGAGUGAGCGAUUGUACAUCGAAUAAAAUGCUUUUAAAUACCAAAAUGGGAGAUACAACUGUCAACUAUGGCUUGUGAAAUUGUAACAACCAACUCAUAAUUUUGAGUUCUUCCACUCCAUUUUUAAGUACAUGUAACUAAACAAAACCAAAUUCCUCCCAAUUUCAUCCUCUUUUUAGUUGACCAUUUAUUCA